CAAGUCUCAAUCUUUUGAUCUUCUCUCUAUCUUUUUUUCAGUAUUCUAAUAAUAGUAGCAAAGUGGUUUCUGUAUAGUUUUGGUAAAAAAGGAAUAGUAUUCAGAUACGAAUCAAACCUAUUUAUUGGAUGAUUAAAAUGGUAAUCAAACCAGAUUAAGCACUGUGAAACACAAAAGUAUGCUCUUUCUCGUGAUAUUUGAUUUUUGAAGUCAGAUAUGGUGAGAGAUUCUGGUGGUUGUGGUGUUUUUCAUCUAUGGAUAAGCUUUAAGUCACAAAGGGAUUAAAACAAGUUUGGGAUAAAGAAAGAAAUGUGCAAGUGUUAUGUCAUAGUAGAUGGGAAGUUUCUGCAGAAUCUCAGACGUUAUUUGAUGCUGCUUCUGUUCUAUCUUGUUCACGGAGGCUGGUCUUGACGAGAAGUUCACUAUUAAUAACCAAUGUGUUUCAAUAAGAACGAUAUGACAAAUGAAACAGAGAGGCAAGCGUUUGGUUCUUCUGAAGAAGAUGGAUCUCGAGUUGAAGAUACAGCUGGAAAUGCCAACAAUUUAUUACAGAUUACUCAACAACAACAUCAACAACAACAACAAACGCUAGCUCCUGUUGUUAACUGGGAGAGAUAUCUGCCCGUUAGAUCGCUUAAGGUUCUUCUGGUGGAGAAUGAUGACUCAACUCGCCAUAUUGUUACUGCUCUUUUGAAGAAUUGCAGCUACGAAGUUACGGCUGUUCCGGAUGUCCUUGAAGCCUGGAGAGUCCUAGAAGACGAAAACAGUUGCAUCGACCUAGUCUUAACGGAGGUUGUUAUGCCUGUGAACUCUGGAACCGGUCUUUUGUCCAAGAUUAUGAGCCAUAACACACUUAAGAACAUCCCUGUCAUAAUGAUGUCAUCUCAUGAUUCCAUGGUUCUGGUAUUCAAGUGUUUAUCGAACGGUGCUGUUGAUUUCCUCGUGAAACCUAUUAGAAAGAACGAGCUGAAGAAUCUUUGGCAGCAUGUCUGGAGAAGAUGCCAUAGUUCUAGCGGUAGCGGGAGUGAGAGUGGGAUACAUGACAAGAAGUCAGUGAAAACUGAAAGCACUGAAGGGUCAGAAGACGAUGCUAGCAUGAGUGAUGAAGAUCACGGGAAUGAUAAUGGGAGUAAUGGAUUGAGUAACGGAGAUGGUGGGAGUGAUAACGGGAGUGGAACUCAGAGCUCUUGGACCAAAAGAGCCAGUGAUAUUAACACCUCCGCUUCAUACCAAAUGCCUGAUGCACCUAAUGUGAACGUGGGAGCCUUUGGAAAUGAAUUGGAACGUCUUAAGAAACUGAAAGAGGUUGACGAUGAUAAUGGCAAAAUAGGUAAGAGGCAAACUCUAACCAAUCCAAGAUUCUCUCUGUUUUUCAAACUGAUGCCUUUAGAUGAUGUUGCAAUAGGCACGGGAUCGCAGGGAGGACAGUGUAUGAGCAAGAAAGCUGAAGAAUCAGGAAAUCUGGAUAGGGAUGCUUUGGAGAGAAACAAUGACGACUUGCUGAAUCGCUCCUCUGGUAACUCACUAGUAGAAACUAAAAAACCUUCAUCCAACCCUGAAGAUUCGCAAUCAGUCGAGCUAACUUUGACGAAACCAAGAGAGGCUGGAGAUCAGAGAGUAGGUGAUCGAAGUGUUCUGAGGCAUUCUAAUCACUCUGCAUUCUCAAAAUACAAUAACGGUGCUACUUCUGCUAAUAAGGCUCAAGAAGAAAAUGUGGGAAGUUGUUCUCCUCAAGACAGUUCCGUUGCCAAAAUAAUUGGUUCCAGUUCAAGCAGUGAUAAUCCUUCGAAUCAGCAGUCUAGUGGAAGCGAAAGGGCCGCACAAAGAGAAGCUGCUUUGAUGAAGUUUCGUCUUAAACGUAAAGAGCGAUGCUUUGAGAAGAAGGUAAGGUACCAAAGCAGGAAGAAACUAGCUGAGCAACGGCCUCGCGUCAAAGGUCAAUUCAUUCGCAAAAUGGAUGAUUCUAAAUCAGGAAAUGAGUGUCCCAGUAGUGACGACAGUUGAAAGAAAAUUGGUUUUGAAUAGAGAGAUUCGCUUCAAAGAUCUGAAGAACAAAAGAAGAUUCGGCAAAGUGUCAGUGUAUAACAGAGUCUCUUUGGUGGCCUUUUUGGAUUCUAUGAUUAUGUUUUUAAAUUUAUCUUUUUUCCAUCUUGUUUGUUAAGAGUCUUUUUGGCAACUCUUUUUAGUAAGAGUACUCUAUAAACAUAAUUACCACAAGAACAAUAAAUUAAAAGGGGCAUUCUCAUAAACGACUGAAGAAGUAUUUUUGUGCUAUUUUAGAAUAGUCUUGUUUAAAUCUUGUGUUUUAUCUUUUUAAAACUAUUUAUCCACUUAAAAACUUU